AUGCAAGAAGUCUCCGUCCCUGUGCCGCCAUCGGCCGGCGCUAUUGGGAAGCCAACAGUCUACGCAACCACCACCGAAGUCGAUGUGAGCCGUCCGUCUCCGGACAAUUCAUCCCCGCAGCUGAUCCCGCAUUCACAUUCGGCCUCACCAUCGCCGUCGCACACACAGCCCAUGGCACGACUCCUCGACCAGGCGCCCGAGGUUCUACACCAUAUUUUCCAGCACGUCGAGCCCGUCGACUUGGCCCGGCUGGCGAGGACUUGCCGCCAUUUGAAUCGUGUGGUGAAGACCGAUGAGCUGCUCUGGAAGAUACACUAUCUCUCUCUAUUUGAUCCUCCCAAUGACGAUGAUUCAGAGACGUGGAGAGCCCGACUCAGUCGUCUGAUCAACUUACAGAAGAUCCUCGAGUCGGACAGUGAAGAAGUAAAGACCAACAAUCUCUCCGAGAUCCUCACUCAGACCCUGGCCCUGACGGCGCAAACCCUCGCCACGUCACCCAAAAACACGUCCUUCCUGUCGAAGUACUACCAACAGGGCCUCAACAUCAACACCAUCCUCUGCUGCUCCAGCCUCUUCACCCGUGCCCGACCGCGACAAUGGCCCUCCGCACCGACAGAAGAUCUCCGCCAGAUCUCCGCCCAGCUACACGUCCUGGCGGGCAUGAACAUCGACGCGCCGUGGCCCGACCCCGAAGGACAAACCUGCCAGCACGACACAGAGGACACGCGGCUUCGACUGCGCAACUAUCCCACCCCGCUCCGGGACGUGCACCCCUGGGCGCGCAGCAGAGUGUACGACCUCCGCCGGUACAAGGAGUCCAACAUGUGGGGUCCCUUCCUCGACGACGGCACCGGCCGCAUCGACUGGGAGAAAGUGCAAGCCAUCAUGGUCGUGCUGGCGUACAACCACCGACUCACCGUCCGCAACGUCAGUUCCACGCGGAGCAAUCUGCUCAGACCGUGGGAAGGGCUGUUCGAGGGGAUCGCGCCGGACAGCUACGUGUCCUCGCCCUUGGACGGGAAACCGAAACCCUCGCUCCACCCGGACCUGGACGCGCUGGACCCGUACGGCGUGACGGGCACGUGGAUGCGCAUCGUCUGCUUCCUCGACUACAACGACCUGUACCGCUUCAAUUUCGACCCCCACGGCGCCAACAUCCCCGCCGACCAGGAGCGCGACCCCAUCUCCACGAGGGAGGCGUUUCGGCUGAUCAAGCUGCAGUUGCAGGUCACGCGGGUCGAGGAACAGGACGGCCUCGACGAGCACGGCAAGCCUUUGCUACCGGUCGUCCACUUCGAGGGGACCAGCCGCAGUACCUUUAUGGCGUGGGAUCCGAACGCGAAUUCGCGCAUCAGAGGCACCGUCCAAGCCACGGCCGCCGGCGCCAUCCGCUGGACCAGCUUCAGCAUCUUCCACGGCGAAGAACGCUGGCGCUCCGAGGGCGUGCAGAUCGGCGGCCUGAAAUCCGCCCGCGGCAUCCUGGGCAACUGGUUCGACAAGGACUACGACGCCCACGGGCCCGCGGGUCCCACGGCGUUCUGGAAGAUCAGCGACUCCAUGGUCGAGGAGAAGAGGCGCGACGUGCCCAAUGUGUUGCAGAUCUUCAUGGCCGAGUGA